AUGGCUUCAGCAAUGCUCGCUCCGGCGCCUGGAGGUCCAGGAAGAAUAUCCCAGCUGCUCCCGACCGUCAAGUGUUCCAACUGCAAUCAGCCCGUACCCCUCAGCGAACUCGGAGACCACGUUUGCGCACCAGCACCCCCAGUUCCAACCCUACCAAAGCCCUCGAUUUCACCACAAGGUGCCAACGCACUCUUGCCAGACAGACUGAGGGGUCGAAUUCCGUCGCCUGGAGGCCCGCCGAACCCGAACGGCCAGCCAUUCGCAGCACCACCGCCAGGCCCUAUGCCCCCGCCCCAGCAACCGCGAAUGGGAUCAGCAGUAGAUCGACUUCGAAACCCCAACAAUGGUCCUAAUGGCCCACCACCACCACCGAGAUCAGGACCACCUAUGGCUGGGGACAGAGGACCAGGCUCCCCGCCAAUGCAGCCACCACCGCUGAUAAUGGAUGGAGGAAGGGCGAGGAACGCGUCGAUGUCAGCGGGCUACGGGCCUCCGCCACCGGUGCUGGGAGGAAGGGAUAGGGCAGCUUCGUACAAUGCGCCUCCACCCAUGGACCCACGAUUCCUUCCUGGUCGGAUCGGCGGUCCUCAACAACAACCCAACUCGCCCCCUGGUGCUGGACCUAUCCCUCCCAACCAACGGAGUCCAGCCGUGAGUCCUCGUUUGCCAUUCAAUGGUCCACCAGGGCCAGUGCCCCGAAGCGGACCUUCCCCUUCCCCUUCGUUCGGCCCAAUGACGCGCAACGUGCCUUCACCGGCUCCUUCCAUGGGUCGUGGCCCUCCACCGAGCGCUUACCCUCCUCGAAACGGCCCUCCACCGCAAGGUCCUCCACCUCCAGGACCACCUCCUCCGGGAGGUCCGGGUAUGCGACCUGGGAUGCCGCCUCAAGGCCCGCCAGGAGGCCCACCAGGCAUGCGACCAGGAAUGCCUCUUCAGGGUCCCCCACCGCCGAUGGGCGGUCCUCCUCCACCUCCAGGCGGUCUUCCGAAUCGCACGGCAAGUCCAUUCAUUAACGGUCCACGAAUGAUGUCCCCGGCGCCUGGUGGUCCUCCAGGUGUACCCUUUGGUGUUCCCCCACGUUCGUACACACCAGGUGCUCCACCUCCAAUGAUGCCACCGCCGCCUCCGCCUGGACAAAUGAUAUCCGAAACAGACAUCGACACCAAAUCAGGUGGGGAGGCUGGAAUGGCAGGUGUUGGGCGCCGAGGAUUCGCAGCAGCCGCCCGUGCCGCUAUGUUUGUUGCACCACUCAAUAGGUCUCUUGCCCCGCAACCCCAACCGCCCAAUCAUUUGCAGGCGCCGUCGAGCCUAGGCAAGUUACAUCUAUUUGAUGCUGAUCCUGUUCCAUCAUUAGAACUAAUGACACAUAUAACAGCAGGUGAUGCGCAAAGCUCUCUUCCACAGCCAACGUCGCCUCUAGCACAGUCUCACUUCCCCGAGUCCCGAGAUCCUUCCAACGAUACAAUGGCCAAAAUACCAAACCCGCCUAGCAGGAUCGACACAUCUGUUGAGAAUCCUUCGAUAUCCCAAGGCAAGAGCCCUGUCGAUCGUGACAAAACACCGCUCGCAGGCUCCAACACUCCAGCCUCGCCUUUCGGCAUUCGCCUUCCUUUCUUCGAAAAGCUGAAGAACAAGGGGCCAUCUUCCAACUCCCCCGAAGCGACGCCGACUGCAGCCAAACCUCCUAGUGACUUCCCCGACGGUUCCAGCAACGCACACAACCGCACGAUUAGCAAGGCGUCUGAACGAACAGAAUCAGACUAUAGUGGACUUGCCUACGCAGACUCUGACGACGAUGAUGAUGCCAAGAGCGGAACAAGUGGUUGGAGUGGUCGAGGUAGGAAGCAAUCGUUGCCUGCAACCCCCAUGCCAGCGAACGCAGCCUCCAUUGCCAGAGCAGCAGGUGACGACUACCGAGGAGAUCCCACUGAGAAACGCAGAAACCAUUCGCGCAACGGUUCCGAGUCGUCCGCGUAUUCAUCGUCCUCGAGCGUCGAGUUGGGAAGGAAGAGGACGAACUCGUCCGCGAUUGCGCACGCCCUGGGUUUAUCACAGACCCCACCGAGCGAGUAUUCUAAACUUGGUGGACCAGGGUUGAAACCUCUGGGGAGAAGUACAAGCAACAGCAGCAGUCGAAGCGCCUAUUCACGUACCACAAGUAUGGCUCCUGGCAACGGACCAAACGCCUUUGAUCUUCUCGAGCGAUCUCUGUUGAAGGAUGAUGACAAGGCAACUGACCUUGUCAAGAGUAAAUCAACUAGUGCCGCUCACAAUCGUACGAGGACGGCCAACGGUACAAGCAUCAGUGCCAGCGUGCGAGGGACAGAAUACACAGAGUCUGACGAUGGCACUGUGGGCCUCGGAUACGCCACGACCCAACGAAGCAAGACAGUACAGGGCGUUACCUCUCCCGAGUCCAAGCCCAUCAAGUUGCCAACUCGUUCAAAGACGACCAUCGCGGAGGAUCGAAGCUCGACUGUCGAGGCACUUAGGGUGAAGAAGCGUGCCAAAGUCUGUGUCAAGUGUAGGAAACAUAUUGAAGAUGGAAGGUGGAUUCAGGUGGAUACUGGGAGCAUCCUGUGUGAGAGGUGUUGGAAGAACAUGUAUCUCCCCAAGGUAGCUAUUCUCAGCAUAUCAGUGAUCCCUGAUACCCAUGCUGAAAUCUUUGACAGUGUCGGCGCUGUAACUUACCGAUCGAGAGGCAAGCGGUCUCCUCCUCCGAUGGUCAACUCAAGGGCAAAUACCAUAAGGAGUGCUUCAAUUGCCAUACAUGCAACGUACGUCACCUUUUAA